GGCAGUUUUAAUGCUGGCCAUGUUGCCCAUCGAGCUGCUGUACGAAAUUCACCUGUUUGCAUUGAAUGCACAAUUACCCCUAGUUUCAAAGUCCAUGCACCAUACACUUCGUUCCGCGCCGGAAUCCUUACGCGCCAGGUGGCUGAUGAUGCUGCACCCACUUACGAAUGAGGGUGGUCAACCGAACGUCCAACUUGCUCAUAUAGUCGAGGCGAGUCUGCUGCACCCCGUCUGCACUCCAGGAGUGCUGCGUGCUAUCCAUCGAAUUCAUGGUCUAGUUCCCUUCUCCAAAAAGCUUCCAGUCAUUUGGAUAAAACUGCCCCGAAGGCUAUUCAGAUAUCGCCCUAACGCAUCACCCUCUACUUCCAUUCAUAAUAAUAAUGAGGAUGCCAUUACAAACGUACUUGAUGAACUCGCCCGACAUCAUAACAUUUACAAACCAAACAUUAACUCGCAUAAAGGUUACCCCCUUAUAAUGGCCUGCCAUCGACGCUCAAUCCCAUUGGUAACACUCCUUCUGUCUUAUGGUGCGGACCCUGGGUCGCAGGGGUCGCUCGCUGUUAAAAUCGCCAUCCGACAACGCAACUUGGAACUUGUCAAACUUCUUGUUGAACGAAGAGCGCCCUCAGUCAUUGAAGCUCGAGAGUCGCAACCAUGCUGCACGAGGACGGAAAAGCCGAGAUUACAAGACCGUGUCCGUAUAACGCCAGAAUUGGUGACAGAGGCAAUACGCGCCUGCGCUACCGAUAUUGCUGAAUACUUCGCCAUGAAAGGCACUGCCCCAUCGUUUAAUGCUUUGGAAUACCUUCUAUGACCAGUGCAAUUUAUAAUGUUCGAAAUAUCCAUCACAGUUUGAUUAGUGCACGUGGAAAGGUGUUGACACCGGCAGCCUCUAUGGUCUAGAGGUCGUCAAUUUCGACGUCCCCACGAUCUUCACCGAAAUCAGAGUAUUCGAUGUCUUCCAUUGCCAAAC